AUGCUGGGUCCUAAAGAGUCACUGCUGGGUCGUAAAGAGUCACUGCUGGGUCCUAAAGAGUCACUGCUGCUGGGUCCUAAAGAGUCACUGCUGGGUCCUAAAGAGUCACUGCUGGGUCCUAAAGAGUCACUGCUGGGUCCUAAAGAGUCACCGCUGGGUCCUAAAGAGUCACCGCUGGGUCCUAAAGAGUCACUGCUGGGUCCUAAAAAGUCACUGCUGGGUCCUAAAGAGUCACUGCUGGGUUCUAAAGAGUCACUGCUGGGUCCUAAAGAGUCACUGCUGGGUCAUAAAGAGUCACUGCUGGGUCCUAAAGAGUCACUGCUGGGUCCUAAAGAGUCACUGCUGGGUCCUAAAGAGUCACCGCUGGGUCCUAAAGAGUCACUGCUGGGUCCUAAAGAGUCACCGCUGGGUCCUAAAGAGUAA